CCAGGGUGCUCCAAACCAAACUUAAUGUUAAGUGAGGAGGUGGAGAAUUUGGCUUUCUUUCCUGUUUUGUUCUACGUGCUUCCUGCAUCACUGUAUGACACUACUACACGGCAUUAGCACUGAGUGUCUAAUUUUACCCAGAAACUGAAUAAACACAAGAGUGGUCUUUGACUGUUGCACAGUUCUGUAUGUUCUCAUGAUGAAGGCUGAUGAAGUUAGUGAGGAGAGUCUCAGACAGUGCAAAUAAGAGAUGGCCAAGGAGACCAGACAUGUGAUGAUGAAAAUACCAGUUUCAUGUGACCCAUGGCUAAGGAGCGGCUCAUAGGCAAAGACAAACACCCAUUUGUGUUGUUUUCUUCAGUCAGUGCUGAUCCACUGAGGGGAAUCCACCAGUCAGGCAAGUACACUGUCAUUUAUAAUCCUGUGUAGAUUGUCUCUCCUCUGGAUGAAGCCUCAGUGGUCAGGAUGCAGACUAUUAAGACAGUUGAGACCCAAGUGCCCUUUUUGAAAGAGAGUUUCUUUACUACCACUUUCAAAGGCAGGAGGAAGAGCAGCGUUACCAACAUCCUCCGUAAACAACAGCACUCACUCCUUAAUCAGCCACAACAGCAACAGCAGCGCAUUUUAGAGCAUCAGCAGCAGGAUCUGAAGCAAUUUCUUCCCCAGUCAGUCGAAAAUGGACAAGGACAGCGCACGCUGGAGCAUCAGCGCCUUGCUCGCUCGACCAGCAGCCCGUUAUGCAAGACAGCUGAGCGUGCAGGAGCAGAUGGGGAUGGAAAGGAGGGGCAAAAAGAGAGAAAGGAUCAGAGAGCUAGAGAGGCUGUGCUGGGGAGGGUUGGGGAGCGAGGAGUGAGUGGUAGGGAGCCCGCAGCUGUCAGUGCCAGUCUCCUCCUCCUUUCAGCAUCAGCAUCAGCGGAACUGGGGGAGGCAACAUCAUCCUCACGGCUGCUUUCAACUGUGGUGGACAGACAGCAGGGAUUAGGCAGCUCUGAAAGGGUUCUGACCAACAGAGGAGCAGCAUCAGCGGCAGCCCAAGAGGAAGCCAAGAAUGACCAGCCUCGACCCCAGCAGCAUGGCUUGUUAGCUAAGGGUGUCCGCCUGCUCAGGAACAUGGGGAACCAGGAAGCAAAGCAGAAGAAAGGUGGAGGAAGUGGUGAAGCAGCAGGGGAUGGAUCCUGUGACGGUGAUGCUGAUGAGAGGGACGUGGACAAAAAAUCUAAAAAGUCCCACAUCAAGAUAAGUAAAGGAGGAGGAGGAGACCACAGUGGCAAAAAGAAACCUAAAUCAGAGUCAAAGGGAUCUGUGUUUUCUGGGAUGAAGAUCAGGAAGAGUUUAUCCAAGGCUAAAGGGCUGUCUAAGGAUGACAUGUUGGAAGAUGGGAGCUCAGAACGUACUGGCAAAGCAGGGCUCAAGCCCGCUGUGGAGACAAGCCUGCCAGCUGAUGAGACAGGCAUGCUAUCAGAUGUCGAAGGGGAUCUAAGCCGCUUGACCGCUGACAGUCACCAAUCUAUAGUGGAUGAGAUUGGCCGGAAGACGAGCUCGGGGUCUGAUGCUGACCUCUACAGUUUUCACUCUGCAGCAGCUGAAAAUGAAGACCUGCUCGCUGAUAUCCAGCAGGCCAUAAGAGACCAGUGUGAGGCCAGUGACAAGGUAAUGGUGGCUGGCCACUUAUCUGAAGGCUCAGCCUCUGAGAGAAUCAAGACUUCUGAGAAGGUAAUACCUCACCAAGUAUUUAGUCUCGAUAAUGAAGUUUUCUCUCAUGCAGUUGAUGGUGAAGUAAGCAGGGAGUGUAACAAAUUUGAGAACGAAAGUUGUGUCAUACCCAUAUCAAGAAAUUCAUCUGGUCCAGGGUCCCUGAGUGAGAGUGGUCCCGCCUCGUCCGCCCCAGACACAGAAAGAAGCAGCGGCAGCCUUUUCCCAAAGACUAACAGCACGUAUAGCUUUCCUGACACCACUACUACCACCACCUCUUAUGAGAGCGCCGAGGAGCCUCAGGAUGACCCCGAGAGCCCAGUCCUUCACCCACAGCAGAGCAAAAACACAUGUGUGCCAUGUGUCCGCUUGGAUCCCAUAGUCGGGGGAGCAGGACCAAUGGGUCCUCACAAGAGUGUAAGCAGUAUGGACCUGUCCAUGGAGAGGGAGGGGGAAGAGAAAACAGGGAGACGGGACUUCCUGUCCCUGAAAAGGAGGAAGAGUAGUUUGUCUAUUGGCCAGUUGUCAACAGACCCCCAGAGCCCUCAUCCUAGACGGACAUCCUCCAUCUCCCCCUCUACUGUCAAACUCUACCCUCCAAUCAACCCCUCUUAUGUUAAGACCACCACCAGGCAGCUUACAUCUCCAGUUGGCUCCCCCAUCACCAGCCCCAAUGUGCCUAGGAAAACAGAUUCCACCUUUGCUUCCGUACAGUCCAGUGGCAGCAAAGGGUUUAAGAGACACAAGCAAAGGUCGUGCUCCAUUGCAGGGCCCAUCAUUGUGUCUGCAGACUGGUCCACAGAGAAGGAUACACCAGAGAAGAGUUACAAAAGCGGGACUUACUGGACACUGGGCUCCAGGAGAACACAUUAUGCACGAAAGACCUCCUCUACUACAGUACCCUACCUGGAUGUCUUCUCUGGUCGCACUCUGUUGGACAGGCUGUCUGUGCAUUCUGGUGAUGAGUCUACAGAAGAGGAGGCGAAAGAACUGUGUCAACGACUGUUGGUCCAGGGUCUGUUGCAUCCCUUCAGUGACAACACUGCAGAGCUCCAGGAUGACAGCAUUGUCUCAGCAGUCUUUAAUGAGGAGCAGCUGUAUACCUGGGCGUCCGUAGGCCUGCCAGUGUCUUCACACCUGUGGGAGCUCUAUGGUGGGCGAACCACAGCCAGAGAGCCGAGCUUGAGAUCCCUUUUGCAUCAGUCGUCAACCAAGGAGACACCAGGAGAUCUACAUUCUCAGACAGAGUCCAGCAGGUUGAAGUCAGGUCAUUCAUCCUCAGAGGAUGAAAGCUGUCUCAUCCCUCAGCUGGAGAGGACCAUCGAUGACCUGCGGAUUAAGAUUGCUGUGUUGCAGGGCCAGCAGGCCUCCUUGACAAAGGGCAGCUGGGAUAAUAUGGGAGCUCUGGGCGCUGGCCACCCCAAGGCCUCACAGAUGAGAGGAGGAAGACAGGACAAGAUGAGCCAGGAGGUGUCUGUCCAGACCUCGCCUGUGGAGGAGGGGUUUAAGUUUGAUGUGCCUUUGAACGGAGGAUCAGGCAGCGUGUCAUCCUCUGUUGCAUCCUCCAUCCCCAAAUCUACAGAGAACUUUGUCUGCACAUGCCAGCAGAAGCAACAGAGCAGCGCCCUUCCUGCUCCUCCACCCCCGCCUCCACCCACCCCUUCCUCUACAGUCUCUAGAGGUCUGCCCCCACCGCCGCCACCACUACCACCUUUACCAGGGGGUGUUGCUCCUCCUCCACCACCACCUCCUCCUCCACCCUUACCCGGUCUUGGAGCUUGUCCACCACCCCCUCCCCCUCCUCCUCCUCCAGCUCCGGGAUCUGGACCACCACCUCCUCCUCCUCCUCCUCCUCCUCCCCCACCCGGUUUUGGACCUCCACCACCUCCUCCUCCUCCACCAGGCAUGGGUCCUCCUCCCCCACCCCCUCCUCCUGGAAUGGGCCCCCCUCCUCCACCUCCACCCCCAGGGUUUGGGCCUCCACCACCACCAGGACCCGUGCCCUCCAUGAUGGUCCAGGAAGCUUCCCCUGCCAAGGCUGUGAUAGAACCCCCCAAGCCAAUGAAGCCACUCUACUGGACACGCAUACAACUGCAUGCUAAAAAAACCGCUGACUCUCUGGUGUGGGAGAAAAUUGUGGAGCCAACUGUAAACUUUGAAGAAUUUGUGGAACUAUUCUCUAAAAGCGCUGUUAAAGAGAAAAAGAAGCCAAUUUCAGAUACAAUCAGCAAGUCCAAAGCCAAGCAGGUGGUGAAGCUCCUCAACAACAAGCGUUCGCAGGCUGUUGGUAUCCUGAUGUCCAGCAUUCAUCUUGAUAUGAAGGACAUCCAGAAUGCCGUCCUAAAUAUGGACAACACUGUCGUCGAUCUGGAGACUCUGCAUGCCCUUUAUGAAAAUAGAGCUCAAGCUGAUGAAAUGGAUGGCAUUAAGAAGCACAUUAAAUCAUCCAAAGACAAAGAGGAUGCCAAGCCACUGGACAAGCCUGAACAGUUUCUAUUCCAGUUAUCCCAAAUCCCCAACUUCUCUGAGCGAGUGUUCUGCAUCCUGUUUCAGUCAACUUUCCAUGAAUGCAUCACCUCAAUCCACCGCAAAGUAGAAAUCCUUCAGAGAGUGUGCAAGGCUCUCCAGAGCGGUGAGUGUGUAUUGCAGGUGCUUGGCCUGGUGCUUGCUUUUGGCAACUUCAUGAACGGAGGUAAUCGGUCUCGAGGGCAGGCGGACGGUUUCACCUUGGACAUUCUGCCAAAACUGAAGGACGUUAAGAGCAGCGAUAACUCCCAGAGUCUUUUGUCCUACAUUGUUGCUUACUAUCUAAGGCACUUUGAUGAGGAUGCUGGCAGAGAGACAUGUGUCUACCCUCUGCCUGAGCCUCAGGAUCUUUUCCAGGCCUCCCAGAUGAAGUUUGAGGACUUUCAAAGAGAUCUGCGCAAGCUGAGGAAAGACCUCAAUGCAUGCUCAGCCGAGACAGAGAAGGUCUGCAAGUUAUCCACUGAGGAGAACCUGCAACCCUUUAAGGACAAGAUGGAUGAAUUUUUGAGCCAAGCCAAAACUGAACUAGAAAUGCAAGAGAAGCAGCUGGCAGACACUCAGAAAAUCUUCUUGGAGUUGAGUGUCUCUUUUUCAGUUAAACCCAAGGCAGGAGAGAAAGAGGUCUCUCCAAACACUUUCUUCUCCCUUUGGCACGAGUUCUCCACUGAUUUCAAAGACCAGUGGAAGAAGCAGAAUAAGCUGAUGUUACAGGAACGAGUCAAAAAGGCUGAGGAGUGCUUCAAACAGGCCAGAGAAAAGGCUUCCUACAAUGUGAAACCCAAACAUGCAACCGGAAUAAAAGCAAAGCUGGGUCAGAAGAUCUGAAGCAGAGAAUGGAAAAUUAUCAUCACCGAGCCUAUUGCACAAGCACUGUUUGUACAAUCUGACAAUGACUCAUCAGUCAUUUUUACAACAUUUAUUUGCUUCCAGUAUUUGUUUUCAAUUGAUUUAGACCUGUUGUUUAUUGUGAGUUGGUUCAAAGUGGAUAUUAUGUGGCUGUUGUUUAGAAGUGGGAUGAAAAAUUACAUUCUCGGCCGCCCUUUGAUAGCACUUGCAUAAUUAAAUGAAAUAUUGCUACCAAAAGGCAUCCUUAAACUGAGAUGAUAAAAUGUAGUUUAGUCAUUGCCAGAAAAUGCUCACUGGAGUCUGAAAUGAGUAGCAAAUGUCCUCAGUGUUUUCUAAGCCAUAUGUAGCCUAUUUUUUUGUUAUCUUCCUAAAUCUGGUUUACCAGGAAGCCAUGAACACUUCCUCUUUAUAUCUUCCCUCAUGGUGAAAAGCACAGAAUUUUAUAACAUUUCUAUAAGGUAGGUAUGGAUCGCCUAUCACGCAGAAAGUGCCUUAUCGCACAGAGGAGAGUUCACGUGAGCGCUGAGGAACAGAGCCUAUUUCUGAGACAUAUCAUAUGUAAUUAAAGGUUACAUUUAAA